GGACCGGGGGCCGGCAGCGAGGUGCGGCUGUCGGGCGGUGCUGCGCCGCUGCUGUGUCCGCAUCGCGCCGGCGGAUCCCCGGGGAAGGAGUGGGCAGGGGCUCGGCCGGGCCCUGCCGCCGUCGCUGGCCGCCGAGUGGAUGAUGUCACUAAUACUGCUCUGGAAGCCCUCCUUGCUGAUGAAAAGGAGAACGUUCCAACAGGACUAGGAGCUGUGGUGUGGAAAGUUCCAGAACAAACAUAGCUUGUGACUCAGCUGCUGGUGCUGCUCAGUCUUCAUCUCUUUCAAUUAAAAUCAAACACAGCUGCCUCAGAAACCUGUGGAAAAGGGAAAGGCCAUGAGAGACUGCUCCCAUGAUGGCAGAGACUGGUAUGAAAGGUUUUUUUGACCACUGCACAACUCUUCAGUGCUAAAAGCAGAAAGCACUAGCUGGUAGCUCAGUGUGGAGCAAACAUUUUAUUUUAAACUUCAAAAACAAUUAUGUCAAAGAAAAGUCGUGCCAAGGGAGAGAAGUCCGACAUGGAGACUGAAGCCCUGCAAGCUGCCAAUGAGGAGCUGCGAGCUAAACUGACCAACAUCCAGAUAGAAUUUCAGCAAGAAAAAACCAAGGUGGGUAAACUGAGAGAAAAGAUCCAAGAGGUUAAGCAAGAAAGGGAGCAGGAACAGCAUAAGCACACUGCCUAUGUUUCUGAACUGAAAGCCAAGCUCCACGAGGAGAAAAUGAAGGAACUUCAGAGUGUCAGAGAGCUACUGAUCCGGCAGCAUGAGCAGGAGGUGGCAAGAAUGGUGAAAAUCAAAGAUGGUGAGAUCCAGCGUUUGCAGUCAACAGUGAAUGUCCUGCGGGACGGGGCGGCUGACAAGGUGAAGACGGCGCUGCUGAGCGAGGCAAAGGAGGAGGCUCGCAAGGCGUUCGACGGGGAGCGAAUGAAGCUGCAACAGGAGAUCUUGGAGCUGAAAUCUGGCAAAAAGCAGCUUGAAGAAGCUCUGAAUAACAUCAUGCAGGCAGAUAAAAUGAAGGCUGCGGACCUGCGCACGGCUUAUCAGUCCCACCAGGACGAGAUCAAUAGAAUAAAGCGGGAGUGUGAGAGGGAGAUCCGCAGGCUGAUGGACGAGAUAAAAGGCAAAGACAGGGUGAUUCUGGCUCUGGAGAAGGACCUUGGUGUCCAGGCAGGCCACACACAGAAACUGCUCCUUCAGAAAGAAGCUUUGGAUGAGCAGCUUGUCCAAGUGAAGGAGGCAGAACGAUACCACAGUAGUCCUAAGAGGGAGCUUCCUGCAGGAGUGGGGGAUAUCAGUGAACUGAUGGGAAGUCCGGAGCAGCAUCUGGAUGAACGAGAUGUGCGGAGAUUUCAGUUAAAAAUCGCUGAGCUGAAUGCUGUAAUAAGGAAGCUGGAAGACAGAAAUACUCUCCUAGCAGAUGAAAGAAAUGAACUGCUGAAACGUUCUCGGGAGACAGAAAGUCAGCUGAAGCCUUUGGUAGAAAAAAAUAAGAGGAUGAGCAAAAAAAAUGAUGAUAUGUUACAAUGUAUCCAGAGGAUGGAAGAGAAAAUAAAAAAUUUAUCGAGGGAAAAUGUAGAACUGAAAGAAAAGUUAUCUGCACAACCAGCACUGAAGAGGCACACAUCUUUGAAUGAUCUCAGCAGCACACGAGAGGAACAAGAAAUUGAAUUUCUUAGGCUGCAAGUCAAAGAACAACAGCAUGUUAUUGAUGAUCUCACAGUGGAAAGAGAACGGUUAUUGCGGUCUAAAAAACAGAGGAGGAAAAGUCUGAAGCCUCCAAAGAGGCAUGUUGUGGAGACAUUUUUUGGAUUUGACGAGGAGUCUCUUGAUUCAGAAACUUCAUCUGUAACUUCAUACAACACAGAUAAAACAGACAGGACACCUGCAACACCAGAAGAAGAUUUGGAAGAUAGCACACCUAAAGAAGAAGCUGAACUCAGGUUUUGCCAGCUAACAAGAGAGUAUCAAGCUUUGCAAAGAGCAUAUGCAUUGCUCCAAGAACAAGUUGGUGGAACCCUGGAUGCAGAGAGAGAAGCAAGGACUCGUGAACAACUGCAAGCUGAUCUUCUCAGGUGUCAGGCAAAAAUUGAGGACCUGGAGAAAGCUCUGAUGGAGAAGGGACAGGAUUCAAAAUGGGUAGAAGAAAAGCAGCUGUUAAUUAGAACAAAUCAGGAGUUGCUAGAGAAGAUUUACAGAAUGGAACAAGAAGAGCAUCAGCUGAAGAAUGAGAUGCAAGAUGCAAAAGACCAGAAUGAGCUGUUAGAAUUCAGAGUGCUAGAGCUUGAAGAGAGAGAGAGAAGGUCACCAGCAUUUAAUCUUCAUAUAACCACCUUCCCUGAAAACAAUGGAAGUGCACUUCAACUGUUCUGCCAUCAGGAAGGAAUAAAGGACGUGAAUAUAUCUGAACUUAUGAAGAAGCUAGAUAUUCUUGGAGAUAAUGGGAAUUUGAGAAAUGAAGAGCAGGUUGCAAUAAUCCAAGCUGGGACUGUGCUUUCCCUCUGUGAAAAGUGGUUGAAACAGAUAGAGGGGACAGAAGCUGCGCUGACACAGAAGAUGCUAGACCUGGAGAAUGAGAAGGACCUGUUCAGUAAACAGAAGGGUUAUUUAGAGGAAGAACUCGACUACAGGAAGCAAGCUCUGGACCAGGCAUACAUGAAAAUCCAGGAGCUGGAGGCCACGCUGUAUAAUGCCCUGCAGCAGGAUCCGGGCCGGCGGGCCAGCGAGUCGCUGACGGAGGCGCAGCGGGAGGAUUUGCGGGCGGCGGUGGAGAAGGUGCGGCGGCAGAUCCUGAGGCAGAGCCGAGAGUUUGACAGCCAGAUCCUGCACGAGCGGAUGGAGCUGCUGCAGCAGGCCCAGCAGCGAAUUCGAGAUCUAGAAGAUAAAAUAGAACUUCAAAAGAGGCAACUCAAAGAAAUUGAGGAAAAGCAUUCAUUCUGUGGCCUUGAUGACACAACUGAGCCGAGACGUGUGGCUAUUAAAAGAAGCUAUGGAGUGAAAAGCUGAGUCCACAUGCAAAAAUACAGAAAAUAUUUAUUAAGCAGCUUUAAAUUGGUGCGUUUUUUCAUAAAGUAGUUUGCAUAAUACUUGAAGCUGCAAAAUAUUUGAACUUAAAAUUAGAGAUUUUUUUUAAAAUAUGGCUUCAAGCUGGAAUGAUUUCACAAUCAAAUAAGGACCAGCACAUCAUAAACACUGAAAAAAAUUACAAGCAAGACUUACACUCU